UUCCGCUGAGCGUCUGAUAUAGUGCUAUCAACAUUUUCAAGAACAGCUCACUGCCAUUCCCAUCCCCAGGCACAAUGCUCGGUCGACGACGCGCGAACUGAUGGCCAAAAUCGUCAACGGGCAGACCGCACAGAUGGGUCAAUUUCCGUGGCAGGUGUCCAUACGGGCAGCGUUGGGCCGCUCGGUGACGGUGUGCGGUGGAUCGCUGAUUGAUGCCCAGUGGGUGCUUACGGCGGCCCACUGUGCUAACGAUUACACCGUCUUCCAGAUCGGACUCGGCUCGAUCCAUCUGAACAUGGCACGUUUAACCAUGUCCACCGUCAUCAAGUAUGUACAUCCGGAAUUUGAUCCAUGGAAGCUUACGAACGAUGUGGCGCUCAUUCGUUUGCCAUCACUAGUGCCGUACAGUAUAGAAAUCUAUCCGAUCAAGCUGCCGAUCAACCAUUUGCCCACCGAUCUGUACAUUGGCCGUCAGGUGACGGUAUCAGGCUUUGGACGAACAUCUGACGCUGUCCAAUCUAUAUCGACCAUACUUAAGUACGAGCGCAUGCGCAUCAUUUCUAACGCUGAGUGUACGAACGUCUACGGUGCGUCGAUCAUACGCAACACCACGCUCUGCGCAGUCGGCUGGGAACGAUCGUACCAGAACGUCUGCCAAGGCGACUCUGGAGGUCCGAUGGUAAUGCAGCAGGAUGACACGAGCUGGGUACAGAUCGGCAUCGUAUCGUUCGUGUCCAGCCGUGGUUGCAGUACCGGUGAUCCGUCUGGAUAUAUUCGUACCGUAAACUACCUAAGCUGGAUAGUUAAAACUACAGGCCUUCGUGCGUUUUCGUCCAUCGUGAGCUAG